AUGAAAUUAAGCAAGAACCAGCUCAGAAGAGCGAAGAAAAAGGCUUCUAAAGCUGAGGUAAGGCAGACAUAUCCCUCAAAGUCUCUCAGCCAUAGCCGAUGCAAAACUGACACUACUGCGAAGACUACAAGCGUUCCCGUCGACAAUACUGUAUCACGCGAACUGUCACCUCUUCCAGUGGCUACUCAGGAUGCAUCAGCUGAUACCAAUACUGAUCUGCUUCCCGAGCCAACCGAUCCGCUAUGGGAGAUGUACAAAGGCGUUGCUGGAAAAUUCGACGAGACACUGAACGAAAAUUCAUCAGCAAAGGAGUCUGAUAAACCUGAGGUUUUCUUUGACGACGGUGAUGGAAUCCCCGACGAAGAGCAAGAGAGCGAGCCCAAGAUCUCAAAAAAGAAGCGGAAAGAAAUGAACAAGCUAUCCGUUGCUGAACUCAAAGCAAUGGUACGAAAGCCUGAAAUUGUUGAAUGGACAGAUACAUCCGCUCCUGAUCCUCGACUUCUCGUUCACAUUAAAGCCCAUCGCAAUGUGGUCCCGGUCCCCUCUCACUGGUCGCUCAAGCGAGAGUACCUCUCAUCCAAACGCGGAGUGGAGAAGGCGCCGUUUGCUCUCCCUAAGUUUAUACAGGAGACGGGAAUAUCUGAAAUGCGCGACGCCGCUUUAGAGAAGCAAGAACAGUCAAGUUUGAAACAGAAGCAAAGGGAAAGAGUGCAGCCGAAGAUGGGCAAGCUGGACAUUGAUUACCAGAAGCUUUACGAGGCAUUUUUCCGUUUCCAAACUAAGCCAGAGCUGACUCGCUACGGUGAGAUCUAUUAUGAAGGCAAAGAAUACGAAACCAAUCUCAAGCACCUCCGACCUGGCGAACUAAGCGAUGAUUUAAGGGACGCUCUUGGUAUGGCUCCAGGAGCCCCUCCGCCGUGGCUUGUCAACCAGCAGCGAUAUGGACCCCCGUCUUCCUAUCCCGCGUUGAAAAUCCCCGGCCUCAAUGCGCCGCCUCCGCCCGGCGCGUCGUGGGGCUACCAUCCCGGAGGGUAUGGCAAGCCACCUGUCGAUGAACACAACCGCCCAUUAUUCGGAGGUGAUAUCUUCGGCGUUUUACAACCUCAGCAACAUGCCCAACAAGGAGAGCCGAUUGAAAAAGAGCUUUGGGGAGAAUUACAUGAAUCGGAAGAGUCAGAAGAGGAGAGUGAAGCAGAGGAGGACGAGGAUGAACAGGAAGAAGAAAGCGACGAAGAGGGUGUGGGUGCAGGUGCUCAUUCUCCUAGUGGCAUGGAAACCCCAAGUGGGAUAGAUUCAGCAGUACCAUCUGAAUUUGUUGGCGCAGAGAAUGUUUCUGGGGAGUUUGAUGUGCGCAAACACCAUCGCGGUACCGACACAGAGGAAUCCGUUCACCCUCGGAGUGCUUACCAGGUCAUCCCCGAGAGACAGACGAACGUGGAAGGCUUUUUCGGGGGUGAUAGGGCCUACGAUCUUAGCGGAUCAACAGGCAAGCCUCCUGUUCUUGGCGCAGAUGACCAAACCCGGAAACGCAAGAAGCCUGGAGAUGUUGAAGUGUCUAUCAACUUGGAUGCAAUCCAAUCUGGCGAUGGCCUCAGCAAAGAGAGCCUCCAGAGCAUGUACGAGUCACAGAGACAGCAGCAAAAUCCACCGAACUGGGGUUUCCAGGAGGACUUGAGCGACAUGAUUGCACAGGAGAGCCGCAAAAGAUUGCGAAAGGAAGAGGAGAGACGAGGGAAGCAUUAA